AUGGAUUAAAAUUUAAACACAGAAUUUCCCUCUAAUACAACAACAGAUGGAUUAAUUCAAUUAAAAAGAGAGCAAGUGAGAAAUUCUUAAAGAAAAGAGGAUAUUCAAAAUAAAUUACUAUAAAAAAGAUAACAAUAUAUCUAUUAAUAUGAAUAAUUGUAUUUGAAAUAAUAAGAACUAAAAAAAGAGGUGUGUUUUUUUUAUAUUUUAAGGAACUUGCUUUAUUCUUCAAUAAAUCUAUAGAACAAGUCAAUGAUCACUUCUAUUUAAAUGAAAUAUCAGCAGCUCUUGAGAUUAUGGUUAACUUAGAAUCCAAACUUGAAAAUCUAAUAGAUAUCCCAGAAUAAUUCUGUGUUAGUUCAUUUACUAAUGUUUUAAAUCAACUUGUACCAUAAUUGUUAGCUAACACUCAAUUAGAUUACUUUCUACUAACAUUAACUUUCGAUUCAAUAAACAUCCUAUUAUUUCCUCAAGAAUAAUCUAUCAUGAGUGAAUACCAAUCAAAAACUCUUGAUUUACUCAAAAAAGAAAAACAUAGACAUGCCUAACAUUUUCUUAUUAAAUUAUACUAAAAUAAUUCAAAUUGGUUUGAAGCAGUUCUCUUCUAAUAGUUCUAGUCAAUCAACAAAUUAUUGUUUGAACUUCUACUCAAAAAUAUGGAUGAGGAACUUGUUUGGCUUAUAUUAUCAUAAUUAAAAUGUGUUCCCUAUGAUAAUUUAAUCUUUCAAUCAGUUCUUAAAAAUUAUGCUAAUAAAAACUCUUUUUAGCUUUUAAAAAAGACACUAUGUUAAGAAGAAUAUUAAUUAAAAUACAUAUAAGCAAAUAUAUUUUUUGUCUUUACCUAAGUUUUAUAAUUAGGAAAAGACAAAGCAUACUUUUUAAAUGAAGUCAUAGAUUGUAUUCUAAGCAUUUGUUGUGUAUAAAUUUCAAUUUAUUCAAUAGCUAAAAUUUGAAUUAUUUGAUUUAGUUAUUACAUCUGGUCUAGCUCUAGUAAUUUCUGCUCAAUCCUUUCAUGAUUUCACUGUUGAAGUAAGUAGUUUUAUUUAUUUUAGGGAAUCUAAAAUUUAUAAAGAAUUGUCUAUUGGAUGUGUAGCAGUAAGAGCGAACUUUUGAGAUCGGCUAUCUAAGUAAGUGUAUGGUUUUAGAAUAUAUUUUUAAUCUUAUUAGUAUAGUAAAUGAAUCCUAUAGUUUAAAUUAAUACCUUGGAGAUUUUGAAACAAUAGUUUAAGUCAGAUUUGGGUUGUUAUUUUAAAGAGUUUUUUAGAACAACUUAUACAGUACCUGAUAAUAUUAGGAUGCUGGUGGAAAAAUAUUUAUGAAUAAUUCAUAUUAUGUGUUA